UGAAGAAUAACGCCAAAUAAAUGGCUUUUGAUCUCGUGAAGCUAAAAUCGCCCACCCACACCUUCAACUAAGUCCUCUACUAUAUAUGCACCACCAUGUGAGUCUCGUCUACUGAAGCACAGCAAUGGCGGAAGAAAAAAAUACAAAUAAGAAGAGUACCACCAUUAUUGCAUCCUACGACGGCAGCGAUGAAUACGGUGAUGACUACUCAUGUGACCAAGAUCCAGAAGAGACAGAACUUAGUUGGAUUCUUGAUAAACUUAGUUUAUCACCGCCAAACAAGGAGGAAAAGAAACUCUUGGUCUUAAGUCUGAAUGGUCUACUUCUACACCGUGUGCAUAAACAAGUUUUGCACAAAGCUCCCAAGAACCGUUCUCCUGAUGCUUCAUGUGGACCAAAUCUUGUGUAUAAGAGGCCAUUUGUUGAAGAGUUUAUGAAGUUUUGUCUUGAUAGAUUUCAAGUCGGGAUUUGGUCCUCUGCUUGCGAGAAAAAUGUUGAUAUAAUUCUAAACAUUAUUCUCAAAGAUCUAGAAGAUAAGCUUCUGUUCGUGUGGGAUCAAGAAAAGUGUACGGACAGUGGAUUUAAAACACUAGAGAACAGUUACAAGCCUUUGUUCUUUAAGGAUCUCUCUAAAGUGUUUCAGUGCUUCAAAGGUUUCUCUGCAUCAAACACCAUCUUCAUUGAAGAAGAACCUUACAAAGCUCUUCUCAAUCCUGACAAUACGGGUCUGUUCCCGUUGAGUUAUGAUCCGUCAGACGUUAAAGAUCAUUUACUUGAUCCUGAAGGAGAGUUCUGCUCUUACUUGGAUGGUCUGGCAAAAUCAUCGGAUGUUCAGGUUUAUAUAAAAGAGCAUUCCUUUGGACAGCCUAUGAUCGAUUCUUCUCAUCCUGACUGGUCUUUCUACCGCAAAGUCACAAAGAGUGUCUCUUAAUCUUGCAUGAUUAUCAGUUUGUUGAAGUUUCGUGUUCUCAGUAAUUCUCCUGCUUGCUUGCUUACUACUGAACGCAUUUCAAAAACUCUUGCCUAUUUCAAUUCUCUUUUUCAUCAUUUGUUAAAUCCGAAG